AUGGAUAUCAGCCGUGUGCAGCCUGUCAAGUUGGCCAGGGUCACCAAGGUCCUGGGCAGGGCCAAUUCUCAGGGACGGUGCACGCAGGUGCACGUGGAACUUAUGGACGACAUGAGCCGCUCUGUCAUCCGCAAUGUAAAAGGCCCCGUGUGCCAGGGUGACGUGCUGACCAUGUUGGAGUCUGAGCAAGAGGCCCGGAGGUUGCGCUGA